AUGGCACCGAAACAACCCUGUGCCAAAUAUCAGUACGUCGUCACCCCUGCUGGCCCCAAGAUUCUUCCCGUGCCAGAUGUGCACUCCAAGGAUGAGGAAUCGCCGGCCGACUACAACACUGGCGGUUAUCUCCAGGUUAAGCUUCAGGACUCCUUCAAGAACGGGCAGUACGUCGUACUCCGGAAGCUUGGAUGGGGCCAUUUUUCGACUGUCUGGCUCGUGAAGGAUACACAAGCGAACCGCCACUCCGCCCUCAAGGUGGUUAAAUCUGCCGGGCGUUAUGCGGAAACUGCCAGAGACGAGAUUAAGUUACUCGGCGAGGUGAUGGAAGCGAACCACGCACACGUUGGGCGUGAACACGUUGUGUCGUUUCUUGACUCGUUCCAGCAUUGCGGUCCGGAGGAUACACACGUGUGCAUAGUGUUCGAGCCUCUGGGCGAAAACCUUCUGGCGUUAAUUGAGCGACACAAGAAGACUGGUGUCGCACCAGCACUGGUAAAAGUUGUCGCGAAGCAGAUCUUACUGGGUCUUGAGUACCUGCACGACGAGUGCAAGCUGGUGCAUACCGACAUCAAGCCCGAGAAUAUCAUGAUUUCAAUUCCUGAUGUGGAAUCCCAUAUUCAGGCUGAGCUCGAGGUCAUCCCGUCACCCACAUCCCGAAAGGUGGGUGUGCCACCGAAACAGUUGGGGCGGACAGGCGUCAUAAUACCUCGGCGUCCUGGUGGUCGCGAGCGGCAUGUGCACAUCUUCGACUCGCAGCCUCUGUCUAGCCCUUCGUCCUACAGCCCCGGACUGGUGAGCGCUAGUCCCGUUACACGGCCCGACAUGCACAUGUCCCGCAAGGGGAGCACACACAGUGUCGUGCGUCUAAAUGCAGCCUUGAAGAAAGGGAAGCAGAAGUCCAGCUCGAGCGAUGUAUCAGACUCGUUGAGCGGGAGUUCAGGUUCAGGGUCUGCGUUCGCGUCGUCCAGCUUCAUCACGUCGAUGAGCAACGAGACCAUGGCGACGUCGGUCGGGAGCGUGGUAUCCGGUUUGAACAAGAUUUCGAUCGUGUCCAGCCCAGGUAUCUAUUCAUGUCUGUGCGAGAGGGAAGCGGGGAUAGUGAAGGGUACGGCGGUGGUAACCGACUCACUGGAUGAACGACCACAGCAGCUCAAACCGAGCACGGGCCCGUCGUUGUUGUCACAGACUGCACCCCACAACCUCACUUCCGAGCCAGUUGACACCCCCAUGUGCCCUACAUGUUGCUCUAGCCUUUCGCAACCUCCGAGUCGUCCCGCAUCUCCCCCUUCCAACGCCGUACCAUCGUUACCCAUUUCCGUCAAGAUCGCCGACCUCGGAAACGCGACACCCAUACAGAAGCACUUCGCCGAGGACAUCCAGACGCGACAAUAUCGCGCGCCCGAGGUGAUUCUAGGGCGCACAGACUGGGGUACAACGGCGGAUAUCUGGAGCGCAGCGUGCGUGAUCUUCGAGCUGCUGACUGCCGAGUACCUGUUCGACCCGCAGAGCCAAGGGGACGUCUUCGGAAAAGACGACGACCAUAUGGCGCAGAUCAUCGAGCUGAUGGGGGAUUUCAGUCCGGACGUGAAGUUUGGCGGGAGGUUCAGUCGCGAGCUUUUUGACAGCACCGGCGCCUUGCGAUACAUCCGCAGCCUCAAGCCGUGGCCGCUCAAGCGGGUCAUGGCCGAGAAGUAUCUCUGGACGGAAGAAAACUCAGAGGCUUUUUGCGCAUUCCUCGAGCCCAUGCUCAUCAUCGACUACCGCGAGCGGAUGCAAGCACGCGAUCUCAUUCAUCAUCCGUGGCUGGAGGUCGACCUGAUGAGCGAUGACCUCUGUGGAUGGUGA